CGGCUGAUUUCAUUAGCCCUGUGGGCGCAGAAAAGCAACACGAUGCCAAGGCAGCCCACGCUAAUUUCGCUCCAGUCCAACCCGUCCGACCCGACGGUCCUCCUCCAAAGAGCCCAGAUGCUGGAUCUUGCGAACUACCAUCAGUCGUCCAGCGACUAGUUAUCCAUUCGUCUACACUACAACUCUACCAUCUUCAGGAACCAACGGGUUAUGGUGGUUUCAGCUACCAUAGUCACUUACUGGCUCAAGGCUCCUGUGGUCCGCGUUUGUUUGCGGUGUGCACCUAGGUACUUAGGCACAUGUAGGUGGCAUCCACCACCACUGCACCGCUCCAACAGCUCCCACACCCACAGCUACCCAAUGACGUCGUGCACCCUCCGGAUUCGACAACGAUGCCACGGUCCCCUCCAAGUUUAUGUCAACGGUCUUCAAUGCUCGAAAGAACUUGUAGGCCUGACGCUCUUCCUAGCUUCUAUCACUUCCCGCUUUUCCGCCGCUGGUUCGGCGUCUGCCGCCAUCCAUUGUGGCUGCUCUGCAUGCGCAACAAACCACAUACCCAUACCUACGAGUUUUGGGGGGAUGGCGCGGAGCCAUGGAACCCCGUCAUCUAACAAGUCAUUCGCCUGGAUUUGCCCAAUGGCGAGAUACGCAUAUCAUCUGCACCCACCCUAAUCGUCGCAUUUUUCCGGGAUGCUUAUGGCUAUCUCGUGGCCGAGAGGAGAUGGAUCUACGCUCAUAUGGCUCAACUGCAGGACGUGAAACAGGCUAACCGAUGAAACGAAGAAGUUAGCCUUGAAAAUCGUUGGGUUGCGUGCCUUCAGGGCUGAGGUG